AUGGCACCCUUCCUCAAGGGGUUCAGGGACACGCUCUCCAAGCGCAAGUCGUUCAACAGCCAGCUCGACCGCGCCGACUCCAUCUCGUCGCCAUCCCUCCCGGACCGCUUUGCCCACCACAUCCCCUCGUCGUCCACGGCACCCUCCAUCUACUCGCCCUCGCUCCACGGCGCCACCGACAACGCCAACCCUGCUACCCGCCAGCGCGGCGGCAGCAUCGGCAGAGCACCCUCCCUCGCCGGCACCACCGACGGCAGCCUACAUCCGAGCGCCUCUUCCAACGACGCACCCCUCGUCCGCGUAGACUCGUCGGCGUCGUCCCUCGACCUCUCGCCCUCUUCCCCGGCCCCACACCACCGCAACAAGCCCGCCGCCAAUGGCCAACCCUCGGCCCCCUUGUCCAACGGCGCCGCCGCCGCCGCACGGCGCCCGCGCAAGGGCCUCUCGAGCCUGCCCCUCGCAAAGUCGAUCGUCAACCACGUGUCGGCAAAGUCGGCCAUCCGCCUCGAGUCGCUCAACCUCAUCAACCCGGCCAUCGACACCUUUGACGUCAGGCUCGUCAUCCGCCUCACCAACCACUUUCCCGUAAAAGCCAAGAUCCUCUUUCCAGACGGGCUCGCCCUCUACCCGGCCGCCGCGCAGGCCGACCCGGACAGCCGGGUCCACGUCCGCAUCCCCGAGCUCCGCAUCAAGCCCACCGUCAACGGCCACUCGUUCAUCGAAAUGGUCGGCUCCGUCCACGCCUCGCCUGCCCACCUCGCCGACCUGGUCCGCAACGUCCUCGCCGGCCACGGCAAGAUCGACUACAUCAUCUCGACCGACUGCGCAGAGGUGCGCGCCUACAAGCUCCGCUUCGGCCACAUCCGCUUCCACAAGACGCUCCAGCUCGGCGGACUCGCCAACCUCAACGGCGCCAUCCACAUGCCCGUCGUACUGCCCCCCGCAGGCGCAUCGGCCCCCACCUCGCCCAACCCGGCAUCCUCGCCACCCGCCUCGCCCAUGCCGCCGUCGUCGCCCGACGCCCAGGCCUUUGGACACGCCACCGCGGGCAGGUCGGCAAAGGCCAAGUUCGGCCUCGGGUUAGGGAUGGGUGCAGGCGCCGGUCCGGAUGCGGGGACGGGUUUGGGCGCUGGGACAGGUCUAGACGCCGCCGGGCCAGGGACAGCCCCUGGCACCGGGCAUGGCCACAGCCUGACGGCCAUCGCCUCGUCCACCUCGGCCUCGACGGCGGCCUCCGAGGGCCACCUCGUCCUCGCCGUCGAGCAGUUUGAGAUCAUCAACGGCACGCCCGAAAAGGGCAUCGAGAUCCGCGCCCUCAUCAGCCUCGAGAACUCGUCGUACAACGUCGCCGUCGAGCUCGGCGCCCUCACGCUCAAGCUGGCCGUCCCCCAUCCGGGCGCAUCGCCCUCGGCGCCCUUCCGCACCGUCUUGGGCCUGCUGACGAUCCCCUCGCUCGUGCUUCGCCGCGGCAAAAACAUCCUCGAGGCCAUCGGCAGCCUCCAGAUCCCCGCACGCGAGGGCGCCCAGCGGACCGCCGGCCUCGACACGAUGCGCAAGGUGCUCGAGAACAAGCCCAUCGACCUGGUCGCCUACGUCUUUGCGCGGUCCUCGCCCUACCCGUGGCUCGUCGGCGCGCUCGGGGACGCAUCCUUCCGCGCCCGCGUGCCUCCGUACGGCGUGCGCUCCCGCAUCCUCGACGGCGCCUCGCUCAUCCCCGCCGAUGGCGGCGUCGGCGACCCGGCCGCCGAACCGCUGCCGUCGGCAGCAGCGGGUGGACCCGGCGGCAUCGACUCGCAGCUGCGCAACCCGCUCAUCGCGCGCGCCACGCUCCGCAACGGCUUCGGCCCGCCGCUGCGCGUCCACUCGCUCUACGUCGAGGCCAUCAAGGAGACUGGCGCGCCGCGCGCCCGCCGCUCGGUCCUGCCGCCGCUGAUGCUCGGCGUCAUCGAGACGCAGGAGGGGUGGCCCGGCCUCGUGCUCAACGGCGACGAGCCCACCCAUGCCAGCCUGCCGUUCACCAUGUCGGCCGACAGCGCCAUCUAUGUCCAGAUCCUGCGCCACGAGGCGCACGCCAACAAUGUGCCGCUGGGCCGCGCGCUCGAGGAGGCGCUUGAGCUCAUCCCGCAGUUCCGCGACCGCAACCGCGACCAGGAUUGGGACCGACCGGCCAGCGAAUCGCUAGCGGCCGCGCUGGCCAGGCAGCGAGAGCAACGGCGGCCCUCUGCGGCGGGCACCGUCGCCUCGAGCGCCGGCUCGUCGUCGGCUCACAGCGAGCCGCCGCUCGACCUGCCGGCGCUGGUGGCCAAGGUGCUCGCCAACCUGCACAUCACCGCCCACGUCGAGGUCGAGGCGUCGAUCGGGUCCUACCGCAUCCCCGGCCGCCUCGCCUUCAUCCAGGAUGCCUUGCCGAUCGCCAUCACCACCAGCUCGGCGCGCCACAUCCUGCCCGUCGUCGGCAAGCCGCUGGUCGAUGCGCUGCUGCAGCAGGCCAAAGUGACGCUCGCCGCGCUCGAGGUGCUUCAGAUGGACGAGUCUGGCCUGGCAGUCAGCGUCGAGAUCGCCCUCGUCGACUUUGGGCCGCUCGACAUCGAGAUCCACUUUGACCGCGGGCUUGACCUCGUCCUCGUCGAUGCGCACGGCGGCCUCGAGGCCGGCACCGUCGUGGCGCGCAUGACGAUCGCUGCGCCGCUCCGGGGCGUCGUUGGCAGCGACCAGGUUCUCAAGAGCCAUGCGCAGAUCUCGCCCGCGGGCGGCGCCAAGGGCGUGGCCAACUUUGCUGCGCUCGUCUCGACGCUCAUCGCCCAGCCGGCGAUCGCCAUCCGCAUCGAGACGCCGGCUUGCAGGAUCGUCGCGGCCAAGGCCGAGUUCACGACGCCGCUCACCAAGGUCGUCUCGCUGGCCGGCCUCGACAACCUGGGCCAGCUGCAGCUCUCCGACUUUGAGAUCCUGGGCGAGGUGCCCGCCCCGACUGGCGGGGGCCGUGGACGCGCGCUCAGCUUCAGCCGCGGCGGCGCUGCUCCCUCGCAGGCCCACGGCAACCGGCAGAUGGCGUACAACAUCCGCAUCCGCGUGCGCGUCGAGCAUCCGGGCAAGCUGGCCCUCAACCUCGCCUACCUCGAGGCGGGCCUCGAGUGGAUGGGCGUCCAGGUGGGCCUCAUCUCCGCCGAGGACGUCUUCCUCCGCCCCGCGCCCGCCAACGUGACCGAGUUUGAGGCGCACGGCCACAUCUUUGUCGGCAGCGAGACGGCCCACGACACCGGCCUGACCGCUGACCAGUACCGCCAGCGCGCACUCGACGCCAUCGGCGACCUCAUCUCGGGCUACGUCCAGGGCCGCGAGCUGCCCGUGACGGUGCGGGGCUACCGCGCCUUUGCAGCCGGGCCCCCGAUCGUUGGCGCUGGCUUCGACGUCGGUGGAAGCAGCAGCGUCCACGGCAGCACCACCCACGGCUCUAGCGUCAAUGGGCACGGGGCGGCUGCGGCGGCGGCGGGGCCGGCGCUGCGCAAUCGCGGCUCGUUCACGUCGACCACCUCGGCCUCGCACGGGUCUCGGCGCAAGACGGCGUCGAUGCUCACGACGGCCAGCGGCAGCGGCAGCGGAGGCGUCGUCGGCGCCGCCGGCGGAGCCAGCGGCAUCAAUGGCGUCCACGGCGUCCACGGCGUCAAUGGUAUCAACGGCGUCAGGCCGGAGCGGAGCGCCUCGCAAAGCACGGCGGGCAGCAGCACCCACGCUUCGCGGCGCCAGGUGCCGUGGCUGGACCAGGCCUUCCAGAGCUUCACGACGGUGGCCGUCCUGCGCGGCGAACCCAUCGACCCGGUCAAGUCGCUCACCGUCUCGGGGCUCGACGCCGAAUUCGUGCGCGACGGCCCUCCGCGCGUCGUCGUCAACGGCGUCGAGCUCGUGACGCAGAUCCCGUUGCCCGUCACCUACCAGAUCCAGGCGGUGACGGCCGAGAUGGACGUGCUCUACGGCGAUCGCGGCACGCUGGCCAGGGCCAUUGUCGCCGAGACCGACGUGCACAUCGGCCCGCCGCUGCCUCCCAUGCCCGCGCCGUCUGCGCCGCCCUCGGCGUUUCCGACGUCGCCCUCGCUCGAAGACUCGAGGAUGGGCUCGGCGCGCACCGGCAGCAUCAAGCGGCUGCACUCGAUGCAUCGCCGGUCCGACCUCGGCCACGGCCAUGCCAACGGCAACGGCGCCGGCGCCCAUGCGGCAGCAGCGGGUGCCGCAGUUGCAACGCCUCCGGCAUCUCCGGCGCCCUCGACGCCGCCACCGCCGCCGCCGCCGCCAUCGUCGGCGCUGCCCGGGGCGAGCGCGCUGAGCAGCGUGGCGCAGCGGAUCCAGCUGCAGCCGUCGCAGUUUACGCUGCACGCCGACGACGAGGAGCUGCUGGGCGAGGCCGUGGCGCACAUCUGCAGCUGCGAGACGACGGACCUUAUCCGCGUCACGGGGCGGGCGCGGGCGCGCAUCCUGACGGCGCUCGGCACGCUGUGGAUCGCCGUGUCGCUGCAGGCGCAGCAGCACACGCUGGCCAUUUCCGGGCUGCGCAACCUGGCGUCGAGCCCGGUGCAGUACACCAACCUGCAGGUGGUCGAGGCGACGCCGGCGUUUCUCAAGAUCGUCUUUAGCCUCUACCUCAACAACCCGUCGCGCUCGCUCCAGGUGCGCAUCCAGUCGCCCUUUAGCAUGGCGGCCUACUACCGCGGCGUGUGCGUGGGGCGCGCCUACAUCGGCGGCGGCUUCGCGAUGCCCUCGGGCCCCGUGGCGGUGCACGACAUCCACUUCCGCUACUGCCCCGACGCGCGCUCCGAGGCCCAGGUGCGCGACAUCCCCGCCAACUUCCUCAGCGGGCGCACGACGACGCUCGAGAUCCGGGGCGACGCCGAGUCGAUCGAGGACCGCACGCUGCAGCGCGCCCUCGAGGGCGUCCGGCUGCGCUUCGACCUCAAGCCCAUGAUUUCGGCGUCGCUCAUCGACUCGAUUUCCAUCACGCUCGGCGUCGGCGUGCUGACGGCCAACACGGUGUCGUGCGAGUUUACCGUGCUCAACCCGCUCGGCGUGCCGUUUGACCUGCUCUCGCUCUCGUUUGUCGCCUCGUACCGCUCGGCGCCGUUUGGGUCGUGCACGGUGCACUACGAGCGCCAGUCGCCGUUGCGCGUCCCGCCGGGGACAAAGGACCAGCCGGGGCGCCAGACGUCGUCGCCCGUCGACGUCGUCCUGGCGCAGCCGCUCGAGACGGUCGUGGGCGCGUUUCUCAAGGAAAAGGGCUCCAUCUACCUCGACGUCGACCUCGAGGCCAAGGUCGAGAUUGGCGGCUUCGAGAUCCCCGUCUUCCAGUACCGCCAGCCCCGCCUGCCCCUCGUCGUCAAGGGCCUUGGGGGCGUUGGUGGGCUGCUCAAGCUGAUUGGAUGA